AUGGUCACUUUGACCUUUGGCAUUCUCAAGACUUUUUUCGACUUAUCCUGUCCAGAGGUUCGCAUCCCGCACACCCUGCUGUCCGAUAAAGCCUACCUGUCCAAUCAAGCUCGAGGAUCUGUCAAUGCAUACUACGAGUUAGUAGGAGAUUGGGUAUUCACAUAUAAAGGGAGCAAGUGUGCCCUCAACCCAGACGGGUCUCUAAAGGACGCCAAAGACAUCGUUUUUUACAACGAUCCUGAUGAUGCCGUCCCCAUUUCCACUCCAUCCUCUGCCCAACCCCCCACAGACGCCUUCUCUGUGCUACUGCAGACUGGACGCAAACCAGUGCCACUUACUGCAGGUGCUCGCUUCAUUGGACAUGUAACUACGAGUACAAAUAUCUUGCCUAUGUUUUUUUUUCCUGGCUGUAAUUUUUUCGCAUUCGGUUCGCGUUCAGACCGAGAAAAAACCGAACCUGACCGCUGCGAACCGUUCGCAAAGGUUCGGUCUAAGGUUCAUUGA